UUCAUCUUGAGGACAAUAAAGGUACUGCACUAGGCAUUCACUGGCCUUAUUAUCAAUCAUUAGCCAUUCCAUUUGGAAACCCAAAGAAUGUCCUGAAGACCUCUGCAUUCCAUUCUCGUUCAAGAUAAGGCUAAUUUUUCUCAAAUUAAAUGAUCUAACCAAAACUACAACAACAGAUUAGGAAUGAAUGGAAAAAUAGUAUUGUUGUUUAUCAAAAAUAUAUUUCAUAAUAGCCUACAUACAUCAAAUUAAAUAACUCUAAUUAAAUUAAAACUAAUCCAACCCUUAUUUUAUAUUGGUCUGUCAUUCCAUAACUUGUGUGAUUCUUUGACCUUCUGUACUGUACUGAUGACCCUGAAAGCACAGCUAGGCCACAGCUGUGGUUCAGGAACAACAAGCCCCUAGGAGGCCCUCUGCUGGCAGGGAAAUCCUGUGCCCUGAAUACACCAGCAGCAAAAGUUACAUUUGUCUAGAUUGUUGAUUCAUGUUUUCUUUAAUUGUUAGCAUGGGAGUUCCAAUGACAGACUAUUUUCAUUAUAUGUAAAUUCCACAGGACCAAGAAAAUAAACAUAUCUGGUUUUAUCCAGCAAAAAACGAACCUAUUUAAAAUAUCAGUAGUAGGCCAAAUAAAUACAUUUACAUCAAGUUUAAAUGCUACACGUUUUAGAAAGUCACUUCUGCUGAAAAAAAUAGCUGUCUAUUAUCCAAUGCACCUGUAUGCAAAAAGUGUGUUGAUACCUUUUACUGUUUCUUACAAUCUGUCUGGUUGUAGCUGUAUGUUUGUCUGGACUCUCUACUUAAACAUCUCAGCUUGGUAACAACGUCACAUCAGUAGCCUACCCCAGAUCGUGACAUAACACACAGUAUACCAGUAGACUCCUAACCAUUUUUUGAAACUGACAGCUAAUUUAUGAUUUCAUUUGGUGAUGACUUCCAUCAAGGGAGUAAACGGAACUAUUAUCGGGUGUGUCCCAGGUAACUGUGGGUGAUCUUCUGUGACCGUAGUGAUGGCGCCCCGUAUGGAUGAUGUCAUGCGCCUGUGUAGUGACCUGUCUGCUAACCGCCAGAUCAAGGUGGCGGUGAAGAGCUCUGCCAAGGGAGCAGUGGUGGCCGGAGGAUCUGCAUUUCUUGGAGGUCUCGUUGGUGGGCCCCCAGGGAUUGCUGUGGGUGGUGCAGUGGGGGGCAUGCUGGGAUGCUGGCUGACCAGCGGUCAAUUCCGACCCCUCCCUGAGAUCCUGAACGAGCUACCCCCCCCUCAGCAGCAGAAGCUUUACGCCAACAUCAUGGCUGUCCUCGGCUCACUCGACUGGACAGACGUAGCACAGCUGGUUGCCUUGGUGAUGGGGAAUGCCACGCUCCAACAGCAGGUGACGGCUGCACUGCUUAGCUAUGUUACCAAGGAGCUGCGGGGGGAGGUGCGCUAUGGAGACUGACGCCUGUUGGAUGAGCCAAAAUACAACUUCCAGAACAGACAUGCAAUGUCUGUAUGAAGGAACAGAACUGACAUCCUUUUGUGUUUUAGUGGUGGUGGUGGGGAAACAGGGUUGCUAUGAGACAGGCAGGGACUUUAAACAGUUACACAACCAUAUGGUUCCAUCUUGCAAUGAGUAAACAGGAACUUUUCCUACGUACUAUUUAUUGUAUAGAGUGAUACACAUCAUGCUUCUGCUUCACUAUACUUGAAUAUAUGUAAUACAAAGACUUGGACAAGUCUCAGUGGUACCAAAGCGGCCUUCUAUCCAAGUAAUGUGUCAACUUACACAAUUCCUUUCAUUUGAAACUUCCAACACAGAGCCUAUAUUAGGUGUUGAAGAAAGGUUACCACAGAAUGCAGAAGUGUACAUUUUAUUAAAUUAAUCAAUCUGAAGAUUUAGACAUAAUUGUAGGCAGUGUGAUUUAGUGUCUUGCAUGCACUGCAUGUUUAUGAACAAAUCACUAUUGAUAUUGUAGAACUCAUGCAGUGAAUGUGGGGGGGGGGGGGGGAUUAAACUUAAUACCACCAUUUGUUUAGCCGUUUGUAUAAUCAUGAUACAACUUGAUGAAAUAAAGUUUACUGGUGUCAAUUAUGAAA